UCUCAAACACAUUCUUCCUACUACUAAUUUCGUUCCUCUUUUGCUCUCUUUCUCUCUGAUUCUCUCUUUCAAAGAACGAGUCAACUCGUUGGACGAAAGAAAUGAACUCGGAUAUAACUCACGCCACGACGGCGUCGUAUUGGUGCUACAGCUGUACACGUUUCGUUCACCUUCUCGACCGACACGACGUCGUUUGCCCCCACUGCCAAAGCGGUUUCGUUGAAGAGAUCCAUGCCGGCCAGUCCCCUGCCAUGUCUCUCUUCGCCGACGGUCUUCAAGCAUCUCGCCGCCAAGGCUUCCGCCGGAGGCGCCGAAACGCUGGCAGCCGCUCGCCGUUUAACCCGGUUAUCGUUCUCCGUGGACCAGGGGAGGAUGGCGCUGCCGGAGGCGAUAACGAGGGUUCCACUUUCGAGUUGUACUAUGACGACGGCGAUGGUUCCGGUCUUCGUCCUCUGCCGCCGACGAUGUCAGAGUUUUUACUCGGAUCUGGAUUCGAUAGGUUACUAGAGCAGUUCUCUCAGAUCGAGAUCAACGGAUUUGGUCGGCCGGAGAAUCCGCCGGCAUCGAAGGCGGCGAUAGAGUCAAUGCCAACGGUUGAGAUCGGAGGCUCUCACGUGGAGACGGAAACUUACUGCGCCGUGUGCAAGGAAGCCUUUGAGCUCGGUGCGGAGGCGCGUGAGAUGCCGUGUAAACACCUAUACCACUCCGAUUGCAUCAUGCCGUGGCUCACGAUGCGGAAUUCGUGCCCUGUGUGCCGCCACGAGCUGCCGUCCGAUCAGAACGCGGCGGAAGGGAGAGUCGCCGGUCAGAUCGAUGAGGAAGCGGUAGGAUUGACCAUAUGGAGGUUGCCGGGAGGCGGUUUCGCCGUCGGAAGAUUCUCCGGCGGCCGAAGAUCCGGCGAGAACCGUUUGCCCGUCGUGUAUACCGAGAUGGACGGCGGAGGCAGCGGUGGAAGCAAUGGAGGAAACUCGAACGGUGGUUCUAGAAGAAUAUCCCGCGCAGUUGGAAGCAGUAGGGUUAGGGAGAAUCGCGGAAUUGGAAGAAUUUUCCGCAAUUUCUUUUCCUUCUUCGGGAGAAUUGGAUCUAGGUCACGUUCCUCUUCGUCAUCGUCGUAUUCAGGUUCUGAGCAUGGAUCAGUGAGUAGAAGUCACAGCUAUUCAAGUUCGUUUUUCAAUAGAAACUCAGGGAGAAGAAGAACUUGGGUCUUGGAAGAUUGAUUCAGUCAAAUUUUGAGAGAAAAAAACAUUGAGAUUCAUGUUUGUAAAUAACAUAGAACUGGCUACUGCUGUAGAAGGAGGGGAGUUUGCUGGUGAUGAAGUGAACGCAGUACAAUUUGGGAAGAAAAAAGAAGAAGAAGAAGCGAAGCUUGUUUCCCUUCUCGGUGUUAAAUUAUUUGAUUUGUUUAAUUAAUGUCUAUAUUCAUGUUUUAUUAGUAACAUAUUCUUUGUAAGCGAUUAAGCAUUCUUUCAAGAUCAAUGUCCCGAUUUCUGAUA